AUGUGCAAUAUCCAGCUCGCAUUCCACACCCUGCUCGCCUUCUGCUUCACUCUUCAGGGAUGCACAAAGCUCCUGACUUUUCUGCUCGCUUUUGUUGGUACCCUCAUUUUGGAAAUUAAUUUUGAUCGGAUCGAAGGAGGCAAUUUGUAUGGAAUAUCAAUUUUCUGCGGCAACUGGAUCUGGGUUUAUCAAUUCUUUACUUUGAUAAUUUUCGCCUGGAAAUGGAACGAGUGGAUGUGGCCGUUCAAGCAUUUCAACUGGGGCAGAACGGAGUGGUCGAACGUCCUUAUUGGAAUCGUUCUUGCCCUGGUUGGCGGCAUUUUUGGCAUUCUUCAUACUGCUUACAAGUUCAAUAAUAAAGUCAUCGAGAAAGAGGGAAUGGCCGGCUCGAUCAUGAUCCUCAGCUGCGUAGCUCCCCUCGGCUUUGUCUGGUGGCAGGCAAAACGCCUCAACCCUCGUGGCGGAGAAGUCAGCGUUUAA